AUGGAGGUUGCCGGGUUGGCUCUCGGGGUGGUAGGGGUUGCGGGCAUCCUCAGCACCCUCAAAGAUGUGGCCGAGCUUUACUCCCUUUUCGUCGACUCAAGGAGCGUUGGUCGGGACUAUGAGAUGCUUGAUACGAAGCUGGAUAUCGAACGGACUAUGCUCCUCCACUGGGCCGACCGCGUUGGCCUCCUCCGGGACGACUACGAUCCCCGGUUGGACAUCCCCAAUACCCAGGAAACGGUUUUCAGGCUCAACGAUCUCCUUCCGGCCACGUCGGGCCCCUCCGUUUCCCAAAGCGAGCCGUCGCCUACCCAAGAACUGACUAGUCAGUCCGCCAUUGGCACCCGUGGUAUUCCCAACACCGCCCAGGAAGCGGUCGAUCAAAAAUACCAAGACAAGAUCCUAGAAACGCUGUGGUUCCGGACCAUGGAAGCGAGGGAGGAAGAGAUCAAGCCCGCGCACGCCAAGACACUGAACUGGGCACUCGAACCACCAGAUGGAAAGGUCCAGUGGGACGAUCUCUCCGAGUGGCUCAGGUCAGGGGAAGACAUCUACUGGGUGUCUGGAAAAGCCGGCAGCGGCAAGUCAACACUAAUGAAACGGCUGUACCACCAUCCACGCACCAAAGAGCUCCUCACCGAGUGGGCAAACGGCGGCCCCGUCACCCUCGCCAGCUUCUUCUUCUGGAACCUCGGCACCCCCGAACAAAAAACCCAAGAGGGCCUCUCACGGUCCCUCCUCCACCAAAUCCUCUCCCGACACCCCUCCCUCAUCCGCGAAGCCCUCCCCGGCAUGUGGAAAGAACUCCACAUCACCAAAGCCACCCCCAGCCUCCCCACCCUCACCGAAACCCACCACGCCUUCCGCACCAUCUCCACCAAAACCCACUCCCUCCACCACAAAUUCUGCUUCCUCAUCGACGGCCUCGACGAAUUCACCGGCGACCACCGCCACGCCAUUACCUUCCUCCAAGAGCUGACCACCAACCCCGGCUUCAAAGCCCUCGUCUCCAGCCGGCCCAUCCCCGCCUGCGUGGCCGCCUUCGACGACCUCCCCACCCUCCCCCUCCACCACCUCACCCACCACGACAUCGCCACCUACGUCGACGCCACCCUCACCGCCCACAAAACCAUCCAAAAACUCCUCAACACCCGCCGCCACGCCGCCAAGGCCCGCCGGCUUACGCACGCCAUCAUCAACAAAUCGACCGGCGUCUUCCUCUGGGUCGUCCUCGCCUGCCGCGCGGUGCUGGAGGGGCUCGCGGAUGGGGAUGGUAUUGACGAUGUGUUGCGGCGCGUGGAUGAAUUGCCGCCGGAGCUGGAGGAUAUGUUUCGGCUGAUGCUGGCGCGGGUGGGUGAGCGGUACCGCGAGCAGGGCGCGUUUACCCUAAGGGUGUGUCAUGCCAUUUCCGCCGCUGACAGCCCGGCGUCGAGCCAUUUUGGGGGCCGGCUGAAUGCGUUGCCCGUGGCGUUGUUGUGUCGGGAGGGGGGGGAGCCGGGGGUGUUGGAGGAGGAGGAGAGGGAGGAGAUUAGGGAGGAGUUGGGGGGUUGGUUGGCGAGUCGAUGUGGGGGGUUGUUGGUUAUGGGGGGGGAGGGGGGCGGUGGUGAUGGUUAUCAGGUUGCGUGGGUGCAUCGGUCGGUGGUGGAGUUUUUGAAUGGGGAUGGGGUUUGGGACUUGGAAUACCUCCGCGUUGGUGAGGAUCGGCCGCGGGUUCAGGCCGCGUUGUCGGUCUAUGCUCUGCAUUCAGUCAUGCAGGACAACCACAGGGCUCAGAUCAUAUACAAUAUCUGGUAUUGUGGCGCUCUCGUCCUUGGCGCCCGAGCUGACGCGGAGGAGCCAGAAGGGAGGGAUCACAGCUUCUGGCAUAUCGACCCCUUUUUACGCUGGCUGCGUCAGGUCGAACCGAUGCCACCUGGGACGGAGAGCCUUGGCCCACUGAAGAGGCUGCUAGUUCGUCAUACAGAUGCCAGCCAGGGCGUUGCCCACGCCGCUCUGGUCCUGGCGGCUGAGUCGGGCGCGAUAAAUUACAUGAAGGCACAUCCCAACUUUCCGGAGUUCUGCCAGCCGGGCGUCCAUAUUUCGUGUGGCUGCUUCCCGCUCUUUUACCACGCUACAGCACACCCGCUGAGCUUUUCGAUCAUGUCGGCCCACCCGCCCGGGCCGCCGUCGGCGCUCAGGACCACCAUUUCGUUUUUCCUCUCUUUGGGGGCUGACCCGAACAUGACGGUGACGCACCGCCUGUCGGAGCCGGCUGGGCAAGCGACGUACCUCGACACACUCGACACACCAUGGAGAGGUUGGAUCGGCUGGGCCCUCAAUAUUUGGUCGGGCCGCACCGAUCGCGCGGCUGUUGCGGAUAUCAUGGCCAUGUUCCUGGCGGCGGGCGCUCAUCCCACCGAAGAGGUUCCCGCGUGGAUUUUGCCCUAUCUUGCGGAUCCAAAAUACCGGGAUACUUUGACGGUGUCAGAUGCACAACUGGCCGGCGCGGUCAGCGCAUUGCGAGGAGAGAUGUUACAAGCGGGCCAGGAAGGCAAACAUGAGAGCAAGGAAGAAGACGGGCGGCUAUGGUUACAUUCCACGACUCGAUCUACCGUUUACUGGGAUGGGGAGCCUUAUGUUGAAAUGUGA